AUUUGGUCAAAUAAUGACUAUGGUAGCAUCUGACCAUACUAGACAGGCAGCUCCAUUAACUCUGCAAAUUCAUGAGUCACAGUGUGUCAGAAUCAGGAUUGUUUCAUAUAAAGACAGGGUCGUGAUUUAUUGAUAUUUGUAAGGGAAAGACUAAACAUGUUGAGAAGACAUUCAACACCAUGCUCAAACUCACUUGAAAGGUACCACCCCAUGCUGACGUGUUGUGAAUUUUGGUACUGGAAACAGGUUCAUGCUCCAUAGAAGUUUAGAAAAUGCUGAGGUAAAACUAAAUUGGCUGAUGUCUUGGGGAUUAUUCAAUGUGUUCCUCCCAUCAUGGAUAUUUCUUUGAAUUUGGCCCCCAACGCCUUCAGAAAAUAGUAAAUACUUAUAAACUGGUGCACAUGUUAAAGUUUAGUUGGAAUCCGUUUGACUGCAUAAAUUUGAAAUCCUGAAGCUUCCAUCUUCUGGCACCAUGGUCGGUGGUAAUUAGCAGAAGUGCCAUCACCUGGAAAUAAAAGGUGGCAUCUGUCAGAGGAAGCUCAGAUGGCUUCCAGGUUUGGCCAGAGGAGAGUUACAAGAUGCCCGGAGUACUCAGAUUCUUAUAUCGUCAGGGAUCAAAGCCCUAGCCCUCUGAAUGAGCGCUCUCACUGCGCCUCCUGGUGGGCUGACAGGGAGGAGCACAAAGAGCAAGAAGACUCACUCAGGGAGCAUCUAAAAGAAAUGGAUAACCACGUGGCCAGGCUUCAGGACAUGCUGAGAUGUGAACGGGCCAAAUGCUCUCGCCUGCAGCUGCGGAGUAACCAGCAAGAGGCUGAGCUCAAGCGUCGCGAGCAGCAGAGUAACCGGCUGAAGGAGCGACUGUCACAGCUGACUGACCGACACAGAGAAAAAGGACCCUCCAUAGAGGUGUUGAACCUUCCGCCUGGUGGUCGAGGCAAAAGAGAACAGCCGAUCAAACCGCUCAGAUCUACUGCAAAACGAGAGGAGGCGACACUACGUCUGAUGCUGGAACGCAGAGAAGCAGAGCUCCGAGAGGCGAUGAAGCUGCGCCACAGCCUCACCACUUUACUCCACGCGCUCAGAGUCGACAUGAAGCAGACUCUGUCGGACAUGGUCGAUGUCUGUGGUGAGGCACAAACUGAAGAGAAGAGGCUGGAUGAAGCCGAGGUAGCGCUUGGUGACCAUGUAACAGGAGGUGUGGUUCAGAGCUGGAGGCAGGUGCAGCGGAGAAUGGGUGACAUCUUAUCUGAAGGCCGCACUGGUGUUGGUACCGACCACGACAAGCUCCUGGCUCAACUUGAAACUGACCUGAAGGAGAGUCAGCAGCUUGUCCGAUUGCAGCAGCAACUGCUGCAGGACAGCCUUACCUCACCGGUCCCCAUUGAACUGGCUGAUUCUUACUUUCUGGAAGAGUGGGAACGUCUUCAGGUGCGCUGGGCAGAACUUGAGCAUCAGAAGCGGACUUUUGAAAGGGAGAGGCAGUCCUUCACCGAUGCUGCCAUCCGGCUAAGCCACGAGCGCCGUGAUUUUGAGCGUCAGAAGUCCUCUCUCCUGAAGCAGCAGUAUCUGUGUGACUCGCCUCUGUUUGGUAAAGGAGCACCGACAAGCAACAACAGAAGAGAUAGCACUUCUCUCAAUUUCUCAGGUCUGGGGCCCACCAGCAUAUCUGGCUGUCUUCCCAUAACUCCAUCUUCCACCAAGUCGGAGGCAGCUGCUGUUUCUGGAUUACAUCAAGGAAGAGUCAGCGUUCAAACCCCGAGCACUCCUGAGCUCUACUCUGCUCUCAAUCUGUCAUACAACUGCAGAGAAGUCGAGCCCCAGUCAGAGACAUGGGAUAGCCGAGCAGACGGGAUGGUGGACACAUCACAGGCUCCACACUUAGACUGGUCAUUUUAAUACAAUUUGGAUUGUGGUGAUUAAACUAUGUACCUUAUUUUGAAGUAAUCAAUAAAGAUGGAUUAUAUUUUUACCCGA